AUGAAGAGAGAUCUGUUUUUUCUGGUGACUCUAAUUAGCCUUGCCUUCCUGUCACUGUUAAGAUCUGGAUAUCCUCAACAUAUUGCAGAAGAGUCCUGCUCUGUUCAGAUUCUUGUUCCAGGCCUCAAAGGGGAGGCUGGAGAAAAAGGGGAGAAAGGUGCUCCAGGGCGGCCGGGGAGAGUUGGACCUUCAGGAGAAAAAGGAGAAAUGGGGGACAAAGGACAGAAGGGCAGUGUGGGUCGACAUGGAAAAAUUGGUCCCAUCGGUUCAAAAGGUGAAAAGGGAGAUAAUGGGGAUAUAGGGCCACCUGGUCCUAAUGGAGACCCAGGCAUCCCUUGUGAAUGCAGCCAGCUAAGGAAGGCUAUUGGGGAAAUGGAUAUCCAAGUGGCCCAGCUGACAACUGAAUUAAAAUUCAUAAAAAAUGCUGUCGCUGGUGUGCGUGAGACAGAUAAUAAGAUAUACCUACUGGUGAAAGAAGAGAAAAGAUAUGUGGAUGCCCAGCUCUACUGCCAUGGAAGAGGAGGAACACUGACCAUGCCCAAGGAUGAGAAUACCAAUAGUCUGAUUGCUUCUUACAUCAAUCAAGCAGGGCUCACCAGAGUUUUCAUUGGGAUCAACGACCUGGAAAAAGAGGGCAAUUUUGUGUAUUCUGAUCGAUCACCCAUGCAGACCUUCAACAAAUGGCGCAGCGGCGAACCCAAUAAUGCCUAUGAUGAGGAGGACUGUGUGGAAAUGGUGGCCUCUGGUGGAUGGAAUGAUGUUGCCUGUCACAUUACAAUGUAUUUUGUAUGUGAAUUUGACAAAGAAAAUGUGUGA